AUGUGGGCCUCAGUCUUAAUGGUAGUUACGGUGGCCAUUAUAAGCACUGCUAUGGGUGGUAUGAGGGCGGUCGUUUGGAGUAAUGUGUUCCAGCUCUUGGUAGUCUCUAUCGGAACAUUCAGCAUUAUAAUACAGACUACGAUAAAGGUUGGCAGUGUGAAGUCAGUGUUUGAUACAGCGUAUGAAGGGAUGAGGUUACGGCUUCCAUUCACGAGUCCAAGUCCGACAGUACGUCACUCCUACUGGAGUUUGAUUAUAGGUUCAUUUAUCUCCCUCACCUGUCAACUUCCUACACAGUCAACCAUUCAGAGGAUUUGUUCAGUUCCCACUCAGAGGGACGCGCGAAAGGUGGUUAUAGUUUCGGCAGGGACGACUGUUGUCAAUUUCCUGCUCUCCUGUAGUGUGGGGAUUUUCGCCUACUCUUACUUCUAUAAAAUCCAAUGUGACCCCUUGGAGUCUGAAGCUAUCGACAAUCCAAAUCAGAUUCUACCCUACUUAGUGGUGAUGCUGUUCCGGGACAAGCCGGGGAUGGCCGGAGUGUUCAUGGCAGCAGUCUUCAGUGCUUCGCUCAGUGUCAUAGCUUCCAUACUGAACGGUCUAUCAGCUCAAACAGUAGUGGACAUAGUUCGACCAAUGGUCAGGGAUAUCUCCGAUGCUAAUACCACCCUCAUAGCCAAACUGUGUGUACCAGUAUACGGAGUCAUUGGAAUAGGUGUGUCCUUCAUGAUUGCUGAAAUAGAAGGCCCGUUGUCAGAGAUCGUCUACAGCAUGUUGUCCAGUUUCGGUGGAGCUUCAGCCGGUAUGUUCUUCUUUGCGGCAUACUGUCCUUGGGCCAACAGUAAGGGAGUUAUCACAGGAGGGUUAACAGGUAUGGGACUUGUAAUGUGGCUAGCCCUUGGACAGAGUUUUUCACCCACCCGUAUUAGAGCACAAACGUUACCGCCCGUCUCUACAGAUUUGUGCUGGAAUAAUCACGUCAACCAGAGUCAGUUAGGAGGGAACAUCACAGCACAUAGCUCAGCUUCCGCCGUCUUUAUCGGAGAUCAAGAAAACAAUGAAGGAAUAGACGUGCUGUACUCCAUAUCGUACUUUUGGUUGAUCCCAAUAUGUAUGUUGACUACAGUCAUUGUGGGCUCCGUGGUGUCUGUCCUAACAGGACGACCAGACCCUGUCGAUGUUGACGUCCGUUACAUCCUCCCAUUCUUUGACCACUGUUUUCCUUGUCUUCCUCGGGCAGUUCGCACAUUUCUGUACGGAGGAGUAAGAUUUGAAGAUAGGCAAACCUGGUUAAAAGUCCUGGAUCAUAAAUAUUUACCGAACGGAGAGCGAGGACAGGCCGUUACCAACGCGGUCCCCUACUUAACAGAGGCAUGCGUUAAUAAAGAAGAGGCAGGAAAUCGUAACCAUGGCAACAAACUCGCACAAGCUACAAGAGAACGUGACGAUAAGUACAACUCGUCAGUGGAACAACUAUGUGUCAAAAAGCAUACUCAUUCUACCAAACUCUAG